AUGCCAAUGGACCAGCUUUACGAUCAUCUUGGUUGGUUAACAACACCUAAAGACUUUGAUUCUAUCUGUCAACUACCCACACCAGGUCAUCUUUCCAGUUACACACAACGAAGUAAAUGUGCUGAAUAUCAUCAAUUUGCUGCUAUCAGCUGGAAUGAUUUGCACGACUUUAGUCCUCUCUCUCCCUACAUUCGUAUCAGAUUUCAAAAUACAAUUUCAUUUCGUCAGUUACAAGCCGAUCUUAAAGUGACUGAUGCUGAGACUUAUAUUCAUUAUGAUGAACAUCUUUAUGACUGGCGAUUAUAUGAGGAUCUUGAUGAAGCUCGUGCUAUCCUUCAAAAUGGAUCUAACUUUGUAGAUUCAUUUACAGACCGUAAAUUUUACAAGAUUUUUACUCCAGCGCAUUGGCAAGAUCGUAAAGAGCGACUAUUACAUUUAGGUGGUGUAUUUGGAUCAACACGGAUCAACAUGAUUCGACCAGAACAUAUUGAAUUACAACAAAGGAUUGCUGAGACAUUACAAUAUCGACUUGAUAUGACACCCUUAGCUGAAGCGGUUAAAGGUAUUGUACAGCAUUUAGGUGGGAAAGCAACGUAUAAUGCGAUCCAUUUUCGAUUGAAAGAUUUGCCCUUUCGUAAGUAUGCAAUGGAUAAUUUACAUCAGUUUGAAAGGAAUAUGUCCAUUGCAACAGGCAUUGAAGUGCCUCCGUUACCUCCUUAUAACGAAUUCGGUAUCUUAACAGCAUCACCUAAACCGCCAAAUAAGCCCAAGUAUCCCAUUCGACUUCGGCCUCAACAUGAUCUGACGUUACCACCUUGGUCAAAUUGGUGUCAAAGCGUAUCGCCUAAUUUAUCAGAACCUACUCAUAUCGGUUCCAGGGCAAUGGUUUAUAUCGCUACAGAUCACAAAGAUAUUCGUGGAGAAAACAGUCGUAUCCUUGAAUGGUUUGACUAUUUCCCUUGUACACUAACACUUAAUGAUAUACCGGAUUCCCUGUUUGAACCAUUAAACAAGAUGCAUUGCUUAUUUAAUACAAAUAAACCAUUAAGACCCUAUUUGAUACCUUUAGUAGAUGCCAUGGUAGCAGCACAUGCAAGACGUAUCUUUACUACACCACGAUCCACAUUUUCUAAAUAUAUUGGUGAAUUAAAUGAGGCUUGGGUAUUGAAAGAACAAGGAUAUAAUUUAUCUUCAUUUUAUUUAUAUUAG